AUUUCUCUAGUGCCGGCGUAAUUUGACUAUUUUCGCGAAAUACUGGCGUUUUUUCGUGAGAUGGACAACCAGUCAUAUUCGGCAUAUGGCUCCGGAUUGCUUGGAAGUUAUGGAGCGUCCGAUCCAUCGCUGAACGUUCCAGUUACUGCUGGAUCAAGUACUUUUUCACCCUACCUCAAUAUAGACCCAAGAUUCAUCAAUCAGGGAUCUGAAUUUAUUUUACCUGAAGGACAAAAACAACAGAGAGGAAGAUUCGAAUUAGCUUUUUCACAAAUAGGAAGUUCAGUAAUGCUCGGUGCUCUUUAUGGAGGUUUAAAUGGUAUUAGAGUUGGAAGGACGGCAACAGCAGAACUAACAGGAAAAGUUAAAAUGUCACAUAUAUUUGGAUUCACAUUUGAAAAAAUUCGAGGUACAGAAGACGAAGCCAACACAGUAGGAGCCGGCACUUUGACAGGAAUUUUGUAUGGCUCAGCGGAUAACCUUGUCACCACUGCUCUAGGUUCUCAUAAAUUAGAUCCCAUUGCACAUCAUUUUUUGCCACCCGAUGAUUUGAGGCUGUUCCUGAGAAUGAAAUCUUACAUUAUAAAUACAAUAGAAUCAUUUUUGGUUAAAUGA